AUGCCUUCGUCACGAACACGCCUCUUUCUCAGCAUCUUCCUUAUGAGCCUACUCGCUGCUGCCAUCAAGCGUAGCUCUCUAAAUAUCUUCUCACGUCCAAUCGCACAACCAGUAACAUCGCGCGCCAUGCAUGUCCAAUCGAUUCCCAUGUGGGAGGGUACGGGUAAUAACUAUGCCUACCUCGUGACCGAUGAUAAGUCGAAGGAGGCCGUCAUCAUUGACCCUGCGAAUCCGCCGGAAGUCCUGCCAGUUCUAAAGGAGAAGACCGACAGCGGUGCGAUCAAGCUCUCUAAGAUCAUUAACACCCACCACCACCAUGAUCACGCUGGAGGAAACGUUGAGAUUCUCAAACACUACAAACUUCCCAUUAUAGGCGGCAAGGACUGCUCCCGAGUCACAACCACUCCCGACCAUAAGUCGCAAUUCCACAUUGGCGAGGGCAUCAAGGUGACCGCACUCCAUACGCCUUGCCAUACUCAAGACAGUAUCUGCUACUUCUUCGAGGACGGCUCCGAACGCGCUGUCUUCACUGGCGAUACCCUAUUCAUCGGCGGCUGCGGUCGCUUCUUCGAGGGCAACGCAACGGAAAUGCACAAAGCUUUGAACGAAGUCCUUGCUUCCCUUCCCGACGACACGAAGGUGUACCCAGGCCAUGAGUACACUAAGGGUAACGUCCGUUUCGCAAAGAAAGUGCUGAACAACGAUGCUAUCAAGAAACUCGACGAGUUUUCGCAAGCGAACAAGGAGACUCAGGGGAAGUUCACGAUUGGGGAUGAGAAGCAACACAAUGUCUUCAUGCGCGUGAACGACCCAAACAUCCAGCAACUUGUCGGCCAGACUCAACCAGUUGAGGUUAUGAGGACGUUAAGAGAGAUGAAGGAUCGGUCGUAG